AUGGAGGAUGCCACCACCUUUCACAUCGUCAUGCUUCCAUGGCUCGCCUUUGGCCACCUCCACCCCUUCUUCGAGCUCUCCAAAUCGCUGGCCAAGCGCGGCCACCAAAUUUCCUUCAUCUCCACCACUCGAAACCUCCGCCGCCUCCCCGACGUCCCUCCCCACCUCUCCCCUCUCAUCCGCUUCGUCCCCCUUCCCCUCCCUCACGUCGACGGCCUCCCCGACAGCGCCGAGGCCACCUGCGACCUCCCUCAAAGCAGCUUCCAGUAUCUCAAGAAGGCCUUCGAUGGCCUCGAACAGCUCUUCGUCCAAUUCAUCAACCAAUCCUCCCCCAGAGCCGAUUGGAUCAUCCAUGACUUCGCGGCCUACUGGGCGUCCAAAGCGGGCGUUCCGUGCAUCUUCUAUAGCACCUUCCCGGCUUCCACCUUGGCCUUCUUUGGCCGUCCAUCAGAUAUGGGGAAGGGCGGAGGAUCGUUGAAGGGCCUGACGGGACCAUCCAAACGGGUGCCGUUCCCGACCACGGUGGCCUAUCGCUACCAUGAGGCCAUCAGGCUUGCCCUCGACUGCCUGCAGCCCAAUGCCUCUGGGGUACCCGACUGGCUGCGAACAAAGCUCUCUCUCGAGAACUCCAAGCUUGUAGCUCCAAGGAGCUGCACGGACUUUGAGGCCGAUUGGUUUCAGGUACUGUUAGACAUCUACGACAAGCCGGUCGUGCCGGUUGGUCUACUACCACCCCAGCUGCCGGAAAGCGGUCAGAGAAGGGAUGAAAAGGUCUUUAAUUUUCUUGACACCCAGACUCCUGGAUCUGUAAUAUAUGUGGCUUUGGGCAGUGAAGCCACGAUUGGCGGUGAACAAUUACAUGAGCUGGCCUUAGGGCUGGAGUUAUCUGGACUGCCGUUCCUGUGGGCUUUGAGGAAGCCGACGAGUACUGUUGAGACUGGUGGCAUCGGUUUGCUUCCUGAGGGGUUCGAGGGUCGGACCCAAGGCCGGGGGCUGGUGGCUAUGGGGUGGGUGCCUCAGGUGGAUGUCCUGGCCCACGAGGCCGUGGGCGGCUUCUUGACGCACUGCGGGUGGGGCUCGCUUAUAGAGGGGUUGGAAUUCGGGCGGCCGCUCGUGAUGCUACCGGUUUUCGCAGACCAGGGGCUGAAUGCCCGAGCCAUGGGGGAGAAGAAGCUGGGGUUGGAGGUGGAAAGAGAUGAAGAAAAUGGCUUCUUUGUGAGGGAGGCUGUGGCCAAGGCUGUGAAGGUGGUGAUGGUGGAAGAGGAGGGAGAGGUGAUAAGGUCGAAGGCUAAAGAGAUGAGAGGGAUUUUUGGUGACAAGGAACGGCAGGAGAGAUACGUGGAUGGGUUUGUGAAGUGCCUAGCUAUUCAUCGAUUGGGAACCUUAUAAUACACACGGUUUUAGAUCGAGGGUCUGAACUAUAGUUUCAGACCUCAAGUGGUCAUACUUCUAGCUCGUUGGUGAUUAAGUUAAGUGGCUCAUAUUUUGAUCCAGCGCGGUUAAUUGUUGUUUGUAUUUUCUGAUUAUUCGAUCUUGCCGACAGAGGUGUGCUUCCAAAAUAUUUUUUUGUUUCUUUUAUGUUUUCGAUCGC